UCAACGAAACUCAUUUGAAUUUGUUGUCAAAAUUGCCCGUCAUAAUUGUAACUUUAUCUAGUCAGAUUUCAUAAAAGCAACGACGAUAGUUGGCUAGCAAUGGAAAAUGCAAAUGCAGCGCUUGAACCACAGCACACUCAACUGACAUUGCUACAAUCGGCAUCGUCGUAUUACUACUAUGACCCCUACGAGAAGCGUACAGUUGAGGUGCCACUGAACAACCUGGAUGCCUUCAUUUCACUGCUCAAAUGCGUGAUGGGUACUGGAAUUUUAGCCAUGCCAUUGGCCAUUCGCUACUCUGGAGUUGUGGCCGGUGUGUUGCUUUCGCUGCUGCUAAUGAUGCUGCUGACCUAUUGCAUCCAUUUGCUGAUCAGUGGCAUGACCGAGUGCUGUCGUCGCAUUCAAGUGCCUCAGGUAUCCAUGCCGCAAGCCGUACAGAUUGCCUACCAAAGCGGGCCACGAUGUGUGCAUUGCUUUGCCAAUGUGGCUGGAUUUUUGACCAGCUGUGUGCUGGUGAUUGGCCAGUUCGGUCUCUGCUGUGUCUACAUUGUCUUUGUGGCCAAGAACUUUAAGGAAAUCGGCGACUACUAUUGCCGCGACUUCAAUGAACGCUACUAUGUCGUCGGUGUCUGUGUGUUACAGUUGCCCUUCUUUUUGAUACGCAAACUGAAAUAUCUGGUACCGCUGAAUCUCAUCUCGAACUGUUUCCUCUAUUUGGGCUUUCUUUGCAUUAUGUAUUAUCUGGUGAGGGGAUUGCCCAAUCCACAGCAACGUGAGCUGAUUAAACCACCAGCAGAUUGGAUAAUGUUCUUUGGCAUUGCGGCUUUCUCAUUGACAGCCGUGGGUUCGAUGCUGGUUGUUGAGGCGAAUAUGGCGCAUCCUCAAAGCUAUCUGGGCAUCUUUGGUGUACUCAAUUUGGCCGUGUUUUUCAUACUGUUCUCAAACAUAUUGUUUGGCAUCAUGGGCUAUUGGCGCUAUGGCGAGCAAGUGGAGGCGAGCAUUACGCUGAAUGUGCCGCAGAAUGAGAUCCUUUCGCAGAUCAUCAAAGUAGCCAUUGCUCUGGGUAUUUUUUUGAGCUAUCCGCUGAAUGGUUUUGUUGUCAUCACGGUUAUAUUUAAGGACUAUGGCCAGGGAUCUGAAUCGAAUUAUUCUUAUACUCUGGAAUUUGUGGUGCGUGUUUGUUUUCUGCUCUUAACGGGUAUCGUGUCUGCUGUGGUGCCAAAUUUGGCUGCCUUAACCGAAUUGGAAGGAGCAUUUUCUCUGUGCAAUUUAAAUCUCAUAUGCCCGGCUCUAAUCGAUAUGUUUAUCAACUAUGCACCGGGUUAUGGUCGAUUGCGCUGGAAGCUAAUACGGGACAUAGUACUUAUUAUAAUUGGUAUUAUCUUUGGCAUUGUGGGCUGCAGUGUGGCCAUCAGACAGCUGGUGGAAGACCUUCGAGGGACGUUGCAAAGCAUGCAAGUCUAAGAGCGGCUUUGGCUGCAUUUAAUUGCAAUAUAUUUAGUUGGUUUUGUGUCGGUUUGUUGUCUUUUCGUUAGCUGUAUCAAUGUUGUUGAUUGUCUGACUGCCUCCGCCUUAGCCUUAUUACGAUUUAAUUAAUUGCCCAGCAAGUGUUCAUUUCCACUAAGUCGCCUGGGCUAAAGCAGAGUUGUUUAGCAUUUUCUUUAGCAAAUAUUUUUUGAUAUUGUAGUCAUUAAAUUGGAAUUAUAUAAAGCAACAUUAAGUAUACGUAUUCU